AUGGGCACCGAAUCGAAGCCCACCGCUAUACCCUCCCGUGCCGCUGAAUCAGACAGCGCCCUCGUCACUGGGGGACUGGAAGGCGAUGCUGCUUCUUUCUUGAGCUCUUCACCACCGGACGAGUCUGUGUUUGAUACGCCCAGCAUUGGCCCAUCUGACGCCAGGCUUUCCAGGAAUCCUUCGUUCUCUGGAAGCAGCGCCUAUCAUGACGAUUUCGAUGCCCUGCCUCCUCUGGACAGGUUGACAGUUCUGGAUCUUCUCGACAACUUCGCAUUACCACAACAGCUAGAGAAGCUUCAGAAGGGAAUCUCAAAGCAGACGGACAAGGUCCGCCGCUCAAAAGAUGUGUUCAAAACCAAAACACAGGGCGCCCGGGAUCGCAUGGUGGAAGAAUGGAGGCGACGAUUACCAUCGGCCGAUGAACAGCUCGAGCGAUACAGGAAACGCAUUCGUCAGCGUGUGGAUAAGUUGGGUAGGCAGUGGAACGACACCAAGACCAUCAGCCUGCGAGAAAAGGUAUCUUUCAUAUGCGGCGUUAUGAACAUCUUCAUUAGCGGAUACCUGAUCGGUGGCCACCCUGAGCUCUUCCAUCUUUGGUACGGGGUUCAGCUCAUCUACUUCAUGCCCAUCCGCAUCUACUUAUACCAGCGCCGUGGAUACCACUACUUCCUUGCCGACCUUUGUUAUUUCGUCAACCUCCUCUGUUCACUCUCGAUAUGGGUUUUCCCAAGCUCGAAGCGGCUAUUCGUCGCUGCGUACUGUCUGGCAUUUGGCAACAACGCUGUGGCUAUUAUCAUGUGGCGUAACUCCCUCGUGUUCCACAGCUUUGACAAAGUCACGACGCUUUUCAUCCAUAUCAUGCCAUGCGCGACGCUGCAUUGUCUGGUGCACCUCUUCCCUUCCGAGUUGCAGAAGGUGCGCUUCCCGGCAAUUUACACCAUCAAAAACUCGAGCGCCGGAUCACUCACUGCCUACGCAAACGUGUUGUCCAUGCUCGUCUGGAGCACUUUGCCAUACGCGAUUUGGCAGCUGUCAUACUACUUCUUCAUCAGUUUCCGUCGAAGAGAUAAGAUCGCUGCGGGACGUCCCACUUCGUUCACCUGGCUUCGACAGUCGUACUCCAAGACGUGGAUUGGAAAGAUUGUUCUCUCACUUCCAAGCCAUCUUCAAGAGCCCGCGUUCAUGGGGAUCCAAUACAUCUAUGCCUGCCUUACAAUAAUGCCAUGCCCUCUCUGGUUCUUCAGCCGAUACGCCUCGUCAAUUUUUCUGCUUACCGUCUUCUCUUGGAGCAUCUACAACGGUUCUACUUACUAUAUCGACGUUUUCGGGCGCCGAUUCCAGAAAGAGCUAGAGGCUAUGAAGAGAGAAGUCACCAAGUGGCAACAUGCUUCGGAGGCUGGCCUCCUCUCUCCAGGAAUGGGACCCCAGCCCGAUGAUGCCUCUAGUUUCCCCUUGGCUCAGGACGCAAAUAUGUCAUUAGGGGCCUCGGCCGCCACCUUACAGAACGGCCGACUUAACGCGACGGCCCCGGGCCAUGUCCGUAGCAUCAGCACCGAGCAAAUCCCCCUCCUUGAUGAACAGGUACGGAGCACUACCACAGGCAUCGAUAGCAAGGACCAGAGCGGGGUGCAGGAGAGGAAGGUUGGUCUGCAGAAUGGCGUCAACUGA